GUUGGGGGUGCCAGCACUUAUAAACCAGCAGCUUAUAAACCAGCACAGCUCUACUGCCCCCAUUCCCACAGAGAGAGAGAGAGAGGAACUCCAGAUCUCCAAGCUUGAAGCUCUACAGCACAACUCCAUUAAGAAGGAGCAACUACUUUUGACAAGAGACCGCCAAUUAAAACCGAGGACCGGCUGCCUUGUAAACCAUAAAUCGGAUUAUUUCAUUCAUCACCGUCUUGACAGAACUGUCCUUUUAACAAGUAGGUUCGAAAAUCUUUCUGUUUUUUUAACCCUGUCAAAGUUUCGGCCUGUUUGAGCGCCUCACACCGUCCUGCAGAACCGCACAGCGGCGAGAUCUCACCUCCAGCUCAGCCGAGGUAUAAAAGAGGCCAGCAGCGAAAGGAAAGAUGAUGAGCCACAAAACCCCGCUGGACGAGCAGCUGCCCCAGUACCACCAGGCCACUGAUCUGGGGGACGAAGAAGACGACGAAAUGCCCGCAACGGAGAAGGAGCUGGCCGAAGACGCGCCCUGGAAGAAAAUCCAGCAGAACACCUUCACCAGGUGGUGCAAUGAGCACCUGAAGUGCAUCAACAAAAACGUCACGGACCUGCAGAGGGACCUGAACGACGGUCUCAAGCUCAUAGCCCUGCUGGAGGUGCUCAGCCAGAAGAAAAUGUACAGGAAGCACCACGUCAGGCCCAACUUCAGACAGAUGAAACUGGAAAACGUCUCGGUGGCUUUGGAGUUUCUCGACAGGGAGAGGAUCAAACUGGUGUCGAUAGACAGCAAAGCCAUCGUGGACGGAAACCUGAAGCUCAUCCUGGGCCUAAUCUGGACGCUCAUCCUGCACUACUCCAUCUCCAUGCCCAUGUGGGACGACGAAGAUGAUGAUGAAGAGAAGAAGAAGCUCACUCCAAAGCAGCGUCUGCUCGGCUGGAUCCAGAACAAAGUCCCUCAGCUGCCCAUCAACAACUUCAACCGCGACUGGAGGGACGGCAAAGCGCUGGGAGCGCUGGUGGAUAACUGUGCUCCAGGUUUGUGUCCAGACUGGGAGACAUGGGACCCGAAUAAGCCCGUGCAGAACGCCAGAGAGGCCAUGCAGCAGGCUGACGACUGGCUGGGAGUACCACAGGUGAUCGCCCCUGAGGAGAUUGUGGACCCGGAUGUGGAUGAGCACUCUGUGAUGACGUAUCUCUCACAGUUCCCCAAAGCCAAGCUGAAGCCUGGUGCUCCAUUAAAGCCCAGGCAGCUGUACCCCAAAAAGGCGAAAGCUUACGGACCAGGUAUUGAGCCUCAGGGUAACAUGGUGAUGAAACCUGCUGUGUUUACGGUGGAGACGCUGGAGGCCGGAUUGGGCGAAGUUAUAGUGUAUGUGGAGGAUCCGGAGGGUCAUACAGAAGAGGCCAAAGUUGUUCCCAACAAUGAUAAGAAGAGGACUUACUCAGUCAGUUACGUACCCAAGGUGGCCGGCCCUCACAAGGUGAAGGUGCUGUUUGCUGGUCAGGACAUUGAUAAGAGCCCCUACUUGGUCAAUGUGGCUAAGGCUCUUGGGGACCCCAACAAAGUGCAGGCCAGAGGACCUGGACUGGAGCCCACAGGCAAUGUGGCUCAUAAACCCACCUUCUUUGACAUCUAUACUGCAGGUGCCGGGGCCGGUGACGUCAGCGUGGUCAUUGUGGAUCCUCAGGGGAAGAAGGACACUGUGGAGGUCCUGCUAGAAAACAAAGGUGACAGCGUGUUCCGCUGUACCUACAAACCUGUGAUGGAGGGACCUCACACUAUCCACGUGUCCUUCGCUGGACAGCCUAUUCCCAAAAGUCCCUUUAAAGUGCAUGUCUCUGAAGCUCCUGUAAGUGCUACGCCAGCACUGCAGAUUCUCCCUCAGUCAGUGCGCACUCCUCCUGCAGGGAAACAGCUCCCCAAACCUAAAGCCAGCAACGCAAACGCCUGUCGGGCCACUGGGAGAGGACUGCAGCCCAAGGGCGUCCGGGUGAAGGAGGUGGCCGACUUCCGGGUGUUCACUAAAGGCGCAGGAACUGGAGAGCUGAAGGUUUCGGUGAAAGGCCCCAGUGGAGCUGAAGUGCCAGUGAAGGUGCGUGAUGUUGGUGAUGGAGUGUACGAGUGUGACUACCGCCCCACCGUUCCUGGAAAAUACACUGUAACCAUAACAUGGGGAGGACAGCCCAUUCCACGCAGCCCCUUUGAGGUGGAGGUGGGUGUGGAAGCGGGGCUACAGAAGGUGCGAGCCUGGGGGCCAGGUUUGAAGACUGGUAUGGUGGGCAAAUCAGCAGACUUUGUGGUUGAGGCCAUCGGUACUGAGGUUGGAACUCUGGGCUUUUCCAUCGAGGGCCCAUCGCAGGCUAAAAUUGAGUGUGAGGAUAAAGGCGACGGGUCUUGUGACGUUCGCUACUGGCCCACAGAGCCUGGAGACUACGCCGUCCAUGUGAUCUGUGAUGACGAGGACAUUAAGGACAGCCCCUUCAUCGCCCACAUCCUGCCAGCAGCUAACGAUGUCUUCCCUGAGAAGGUUCGAGCCUUUGGUCCUGGUCUACAGCCCACUGGAGUGAUUGUGAAUAAGCCAGCGGAGUUCACCAUUGAUGCACGGCAGGCAGGGAAGGGAGAGCUGAAGAUUUAUGCUCAGGACGCUGAAGGCUGUGUAAUUGACAUUAAGAUUACCGAUAAAGGUGAUGGUACCUAUGUGUGUGUCUACGUCCCAAAAAAGCCAAUAAAGCACACCAUCAUCAUCAGCUGGGGCGGAGUCAAUGUUCCUAACAGCCCCUUCAGGGUUCUUGUUGGUGAAGGCUGCCACCCAGAUAAAGUGAAGGUGUACGGUCCAGGAGUGGAGAAAACAGGUCUGAAAUCCAGUGAGCCUACAUACUUCACCGUGGACUGCAGUGAAGCUGGCCAAGGUGACAUCAGCAUUGGGAUUAAGUGUGCAGCAGGAGUUGUGGGACCAGCUGAGGCAGACAUUGACUUUGACAUCAUUAAAAACGACAACGACACUUUCACAGUGAAAUACACGCCCCCUGCUCCGGGACGCUACACGGUCAUGGUGCUGUUCGCUGAUAAGGAGAUUCCUAGCAGCCCAUUCAAAGUGAAGGUGGAACCUUCUCAUGAUGCUGGAAAAGUGCGAGCAGAGGGUCCAGGAAUAAACAAAACAGGAGUACAGGUGGACACUCCAACCCAUUUCACUAUUUACACCAAGGGGGCAGGCAAGGCAAAGCCGGAGGUCCACUUCAGCACCGGACAGAAAGGAAACCCAGUGAAGGACUUUGAGAUUAUUGAUAAUCAUGAUUACUCCUACACUGUCAAAUACACUGCUCUGCAUCAGGGUAAUAUGAGUAUCUCAGUCACCCAUGGAGGAGACCCCAUCCCUAAAAGCCCUUUCAACGUCACUGUUGCUCCUCCUCUGGAUCUGAGCAAAGUCAAGGUGCAAGGCCUCAGUGAAAAAGUGGAGGUUGGAAAGGACCAGGAGUUCAUGGUAAACACACAGGGAGCUGGAGGUCAGGGUAAUGUUGGAGUGAAGAUGGUUUCACCCUCCGGCAGACCGAUUCCCUGCAAGUUGGAGCCGGACAGAGCUAAAGGGCUCACCAAUGUGAAAUAUAUCCCACCUGAAGAGGGUCAGUAUAAGGUGGACGUCAGCUAUGAUGGAAACCCUGUGCCUGGAAGCCCCUUCACUGUGGAGGGCGUCAUGCCCGCUGACCCCUCAAAGGUGCGUGCAUAUGGACCAGGACUGAAGGGAGGCAUUGUGGGUAAGCCGGCUCCAUUCACCAUUGACACUAAAGGAGCAGGUGCAGGUGGGCUGGGCCUGACAGUGGAGGGUCCAUGCGAAGCUAAGAUUGAAUGCCAGGAUAACGGCGACGGAACAUGCUCUGUUUCGUACCUGCCCACCGAAGCUGGAGACUACAACAUUAACAUCCUGUAUGGAGAAAAACACAUCCCUGGGUCACCUUUCAAAGCGGCAGUGAAGCCGGCGCUGGACGCAGGCCGGGUCACCGUUAGCGGCCCUGGGCUGGAGAGGGCAAAAGCAGGUGAACUGGCCACUUUCACCGUUGACUGCAGCAGGGCUGGAGAGGCCGAGCUGACGGUGGAGAUUGUGUCGGACUCUGGGGUGAAAGCGGAGGUUUGCAUCUUCAACAACAACGACGGAACCUUCUCAGUCACCUACACGCCCCAGUCUCACGGCCCAUACACCAUCAGCAUCCGCUACGGCGGCCAGAUGGUGCCAAAAUGCCCCAUCCGCAUACAGGUGGAGCCCGCGGUGGACACCAGUGGGGUUAAAGUCUACGGGCCUGGAGUAGAACCUAAAGGUGUUCUGAGGGAUGUGACCACACACUUCAUUGUGGACGCUCGAGCCAUGAACAAAACUGGAGGAAAUCACAUCAAAGUGAGGAUUAUCAAUCCAUCUGGCUCCAAUACGGACACACACAUCACAGAUAAGGGUGAUGGCACAUACAGAGUGGAGUACACUGCGUUUGAAGAUGGUGUUCACCUGAUCGAGGUAUUUUACGAUGAUGUUGCUGUUCCUAAGAGCCCCUUCCGGGUCUCAGUGGUGGAGGGAUGCGACCCCUCUCGUGUUCGCGCCUACGGUCCUGGACUGGAGGGCGGCAUCGUCAACAAAUCCAACUGUUUCACUGUAGAGACACGGGGUGCUGGAACAGGAGGGCUGGGCCUGACCAUCGAGGGGGCGUCUGAGGCUAAAAUGUCCUGUAAGGACAAUAAAGAUGGAAGCUGCAGUGUGGAAUAUGUUCCCUUUAUUCCUGGAAACUACGAUGUGAACAUCACCUACGGAGGCCAGCCUAUUCCAGGAAGUCCGUUCCGUGUCCCUGUCAGAGAUGUGGUGGACGCAAGUAAGGUGAAGUGUUCGGGUCCUGGGCUGGGGAGCGGAGUCAGAGCUCACGUCCCACAAACCUUCACUGUAGACUGCACCAAGGCAGGUGUGGCUCCGCUGGAGGUGCAGCUGUACGGACCAUCAGGUGCUACUGAACCCGUCGCUGUCAUCAAUAAAGGUGAUGGAACACACACAGUGAAUUACACACCUGCAGAGGAGGGUCCGUACACUGUGGCCGUCAAAUAUGCAGACAAAGACGUCCCACGCAGUCCGUUUAAGGUCCACUCUGGUCCAGCCCAUGAUGCCAGUAAAGUCCGUGCUAGCGGUCCUGGGCUGGACAAGGCCGGAGUGGCUGCAAGUCUGCCAGUCGAGUUCACCAUCGACGCCCGGGACGCUGGUGAGGGCCUUCUCACUGUGCAGAUCCUGGAUCCUGAAGGAAAGCCAAAGAAAGCCAGCAUUCAGGAUAAUAAAGAUGGCACAUACACUGUGUCUUAUGUGCCUGAUGUGACCGGCCGCUACACCAUCACUAUAAAAUACGGUGGAGAUCAGAUCCCCGCCUCUCCGUACUCCAUCCAGGCCCGGCCCAGCGGAGACGCCAGCAAAUGCCUGCUCUCAGUGUCUAUUGGAGGACAUGGAGUUGGCAGCCUUGGGCCCAAUAUUCAGAUGCGUGAGGAGACGGUGGUCAGCGUGGACGCUAAGGCUGCUGGGAAGGGGAAGGUGACCUGUAAGGUUCUCACUCCUGAUGGAGCUGAGCUGGACGUGGAUGUCGUGGAGAAUUUAGAUGGCACUUUUGAUAUUUACUACACUGCCCCCGAGCCUGGAAAAUAUGUCAUCACCAUCCGCUUCGGUGGCCAGCAUGUUCCCAACAGCCCCUUCCACGUACAGGCUACAAAGGAGCCCGUCGUGCCAAGAGACACCAAGCAGCCUAUGUUCCGCCCCAUCAACCUGCUUAUUCCUUUCACCGUCCAGCAGGGUGCUCUCAGUGGUGAGGUUCGUAUGCCUUCAGGGAAAACAGCACGGCCUCUGAUCAGAGACAACAAAGACGGGACGGUGACGGUGAAAUACGCGCCCAUAGAGAAAGGCCUGCAUGAGAUGGACAUAAAGUAUGAUGGAAACCACAUCCCAGGAAGUCCACUGCAGUUCUAUGUGGACGCUGUGGACAGUGGAAUGGUUACAGCAUAUGGACCUGGCCUGUGUCAUGGCACGGUCAACAAACCAGCCACUUUCACUGUGGUCACCAAGAAUGCUUCAGAAGGUGGACUUUCUCUGGCUGUAGAAGGGCCGUCGAAAGCUGAAAUCAGCUGCAAAGACAAUAAAGAUGGAACCUGCACCGUGUCCUACCUGCCCACUGCACCUGGAGAUUACAACAUUAUUGUGAAGUUUGAUAACAAGCACAUUCCUGGCAGUCCCUUCACAGCUAAGAUCACAGGUGAUGAUUCCCUGAGAACGUCUCAGCUGAACGUGGGGACGGCAGCCGAUGUUUCACUGAAAAUCACAGAGACUGACUUGAGUUCACUCACCGCCAGCAUCAGAGCACCGUCCGGCGCAGAACAGCCCUGCCUGCUCAAAACACUGCCCAACCGCCACAUCGGCCUGUCCUUCACCCCCAAAGAAGUUGGAGAGCAUGAAGUAAGCGUGAGAAAGAGCGGAAAGCACGUCAACAACAGCCCCUUUAAAAUCAUGGUGGGUCCUUCUGAGAUCGGAGAGGCCAGCAGGGUCAGGGCCUUCGGAAAAGGCUUGGUCGAGGCACACACCUUCGAAGUGGCUGAAUUUUUCGUUGACACGAGGAAUGCAGGUUACGGGGGACUGGGGCUGUCCAUUGAGGGUCCAAGUAAAGUGGAUAUAAAAUGUGAGGAUGUGGAGGACGGAACGUGCCGAGUGACCUACUGCCCCACUGAGCCGGGCAACUACAUCAUCAACAUCAAAUUUGCAGAAAAGCACAUCCCAGGGAGCCCGUUCACAGUGAAGGUAACAGGAGAGGGCAGGAUGAAGGAGAGCAUCACGAGGAAGAGGCAGGCGCCCUCGAUCGCUUCAGUGGGCAGCAUCUGUGACCUCAACCUCAAAAUUCCAGGGAACUGGUUCCAGAUGGUUUCGGCUCAGGAGCGUCUGACCCGCAGCUUCACACGCAGCAGCCACACAUACACACGCACAGAGCGCACGGAAAUCAGUAAGACCCGCGGCGGAGAGACCAAACGUGAGGUUCAUGUGGAGGAGAGCAGGCAGGUGGGAGGGGGAGACCCCUUCAGAGACGUUUUCGGCUCGUUUCUGGGCCGGGAGAGUCUGGGCUGCUUUGGAUCUCUCACAGCCAAAGAGGAUGUGCAGGGCAUGACGGCCCAGGUGACCAGCCCGGGGGGGAAGGUUGUGGACGCUGAGCUCGUGGAAAGUGGAGACAGUACCUACAGUGUUCGUUUCGUGCCUGCUGAGAUGGGCUCCCACACGGUCAGCGUGAAGUACAGGGGGCAGCAUGUUCCUGGCAGCCCCUUCCAGUUUACUGUAGGACCCCUUGGUGAGGGGGGCGCACACAAAGUCCGAGCUGGUGGUACCGGACUGCAGAGAGGAAUCGCAGGAGUGCCUACGGAGUUCAGUAUCUGGACCCGAGAGGCUGGAGCAGGAGGUUUGUCCAUCGCCGUUGAGGGACCCAGCAAGGCAGAAAUUUCUUUUGAGGACAGGAAAGACGGAUCAUGUGGAGUCUCUUACAUAGUACAGGAGCCAGGUGACUAUGAAGUGUCCAUCAAGUUCAACAACGAGCACAUCCCGGACAGUCCAUUCACUGUCCCCAUCGCCACGCUGUCUGAUGAUGCUCGGAGGUUGACCGUCACCAGCCUUCAGGAGAAGGAUCUGAGGGUGAAUCAGGAAGCCUCUUUUGCUGUGCAGCGUAAUGGGGCGCGAGGUGUGAUCGAUGCGAAGGUCCACAGUCCAUCCGGAGUGGUGGAGGAAUGUUACGUCACUGAUGUGGAUGCUGAUAAGAGCGCCAUUCGCUUCAUCCCGCGGGAGAACGGCGUUCACUCCAUCGAUGUGAAGUUUAACGGCAGCCACAUCCCCGGCAGCCCCUUUAACGUGCGUGUGGGUGAUAUGGGUCAUGCAGGUGACCCCGGCCUGGUGUCCGCUUACGGCCCCGGGUUACAGGCCGGCUGCACAGGUGUUCCUGCCGAGUUUGUGGUCAACACCUGCAAUGCUGGGUCUGGAGCUUUAUCUGUGACGAUCGACGGUCCCUCCAAGGUGAAAAUGGACUGUGUGGAGUGCGUGGAGGGCUACAAAAUCAACUACACCCCCAUGGCGCCUGGAAACUAUCUCAUCUCCAUCAAAUACGGUGGACCGCAGCACAUCGUGGGAAGCCCUUUCAAAGCCAAAGUCACAGGUGUCCGUCUGUCUGGAGGCCACAGUCUGCAUGAAACCUCCUCCGUCCUCGUGGAGACGGUCACUAAAAGCUCAAAGGUGGGCGGGGCCUACAGCUCCGCGUCCAGUUCAUCGUUGUCCUCCGACGCUAGCCGAGUGGUGUGUCAGGGGGCUGGACUGUCCAGGGCUUUCAUAGGCCAGAAGAACGCCUUCACUGUGGACUGCAGCAAAGCAGGCACCAACAUGCUGAUGGUGGGAGUGCACGGCCCCCGGACGCCGUGCGAGGACGUUUACGUGAAGCACUUGGGCAACAGGCUCUACAACGUCACCUACACAGUGAAGGAGAAGGGAAGCUACGUUGUGAUUGUGAAAUGGGGCGACGAAACAGUGCCUGGAAGCCCCUUCCACGUGACGGUGCCUUAAAUCGUGACCCCCUGACGCCCACGCUGCUGAGCUGAAAUGCACUAUAAACAUGCUGGAGACUUUUUCUUAAAGGAGAAGGAGAGUUUACUGUUUGUGCCAAACAUUUAAUAUUAAAGGAAAACUCCUGCACUUUAAACCUCAGCUCUGUCUGCUUUUCCUGCACUUGGAAAUAAAGGAAACUGAUGAGAUGAGGCUGAAAAAUGCUGGAGUUUCCCUUUAACUCGUCUAUUGAGAUCUCUUGCUUUUGUACGUUUCCCCUGAUCAUAAAGCCGUUUUAAUGAGGAGAAGUGAAGCUCUGCCUCCCAAUCAGUGUAACAAAGCUAAUCCGAAUGAUUUGGGUCUUUUUUAUUCUUUUAAAUAUUUUAGACUUCAAAAGUCUUCAUUUAUAAUGUUAACAAAAUGCCAGAUGAUGCUGGUGAGAUUUCUGAUUAUUCACUGGGGAUCCGCUGGGUCAGGGGUUAUUGAAGGCCACUUGAGUGGUCAGAGUUUGGGGUUCAGGCCUCGUCAGGGGAAACAGCAGCUUUCUGUGUGAAUGUCCUGAUAUAUUAAACAGCAUUAAGUGUGUUACUCCAUGGUUUUAUAUGCUUUAAAAGAGUGUUCUUUUUGUUAUAUUAACCAAAUGGUGAGUCUUUGCAGACCUAAUAAAGAUAAAGCUAACUUGC